AUGGACGACGCAGCGAAGAAUGCAUACAUCGCCGAAUUGGAAGCCAAGAACAAUCUCUUGGAGACAGGCAUGGGAGCCACGGUAGGGCUCAUUGCAGGAGCCACCGGGAGCAAGAGUACGGCAGUGGAGGCCACCUUCAUGCAAUGGCGUCGAGGGUUUCCUCUCGGCCAACUGAGCGAACGCAACCGUACGCUCUUGUGCCGUACCGUUGGGAUUUCCGAUCGAGAGUUCGCCCGGUUGGAGCGGAAGUUCAAGACGCAGAAUCCCAAGUACAACCAGGCAGACCCAGCGUUCGACCCUGCAGGUCGUCGGCAGCCCAUGGUCACGCCCAAGAAGGUCGUGCGACAAGCCCUUGCCGAUAACACGUUGGAGUGCACGGCCAAGCGAAUGCGUGCAGCACAGCGAUUGACGGGAGCUGCAUUGGAUGUUCUCCAGUCAGGGUUCCACAAUGAGGACCCACGCUACAACGCGACCGAGGUGUCCAAGGUCAUGACGGGAUGCGUGUUGCAGCGAGGCGCGGCUAGUCAGCGGGAACGGAAAGCAACCUUCCGCCCCACCAGACGCAACCGGCGUCAGAACGACGCAGCUUAG